AUGAACGAAUGUCCGUGUUGGAAAGAAUUCCUGAAACUCACGUCGUUUUUCUUUGCCUUUGCGCAGUUCAUCAACCCGGCGGUCGAAGUCAUGGAAAGGGAUAUUUUUCUGUUUAAUUUAAAUUGCGAUUGCUUUGGAAUUAAGUGAAGUCAGUUAUAGACUAUAGUUGCGGGAAAUUCUCAUUAAUAAUCUCGAAAAGAAAACAAUUCAGUUUGUUAACGUUGUUAUUCAGUUUAACUUUGGAUUCAAAUUAACUUCGUCUUCGGAUAUAUACUUAUGAAUAUAUGCGAUUCGAUUUUCUGAAAGUGACGAAUUCCCACACUGUUAAAUUCCAAUCCUUUAACUUUAUACAAGUGUAGUACAAAUUCCGUGAUUUUGUCGUUUUCUCUUGGUCCUUAUAGACGUAUUUCUUCAGAAUAGUCGAAUGUAUGCCUUUCAGUAAGCGCCAUAGAUAUCUGGUAAGCGACCCGCCCUCAAUACAGAGUGCCAAUAGCGAAGUUCAGACUCGAGGUACCUACUUCAUCUUGCAUGGAUAUUUUGGAUCCGAGCACCACUAUCCUUAGACAAUGUUUUACGCUAUUUAAAUUAUAUCGCAAAUCAAAAUUAAUCGCAAAAAUAUUUUUAGGGAACUGUUCAUACAGGCCAUUAAGGAUGUCGACUUUCAAAAUAAUUGGACACAGAACCACAUAUCGUUUACACGCAAUGGAAAUCCAAGGAACGUCAAAUACUCUGUAGUCUCGUUCCAACAGAAACAACAAUGUUUUGUAGAAAUUGGACAAUGGGAUUGCUUGGCUAACGCCGUUAACGAAACGUGCAAAGGAAACUUAACUCUAAAAGAUACACUCACCUCUGGUAUAAAGAACGAUUUUCUUGGAGUUUGUGGGGCUCUUUGUCCAGCAGGACAAUAUAAGAUUGUGGACACGCAUUUUGCAUCAUGUUGCUGGCAAUGUAAGAAUUGUACUGGGAAUAGGUACUCCAGAAAACCGGGUUCUUCAGCUUGUGAGAGAUGUGAAAACGAUGAAUGGCCAACUGACAAUCACACGGCGUGUGCUAAAGUAAAACCACAAAUGGUAUUCUUUACUGAGAAUCCUGCUGGUAUUAUUCUGUUGUGUGUGAACAUCGUCAUCAUCAAGAUACUGAUUGCUUUUGUCAUUCUCAUCAUCAAAUACAGUCAGUCAAAGAUGAAGAUAUUUUCAGAUCGUAUCCUAUGUUAUAUAUUGUUGUUCGGCAUUCUUAUGUGUAACGUUGUCUCCAUAUUUGUGUUGACAGACGCGCAUAAAGACAAUUGUCUACUUAUGGUCAUUUUAUCAAAGCUUGGUUCAACUUGCACGCUGGGAACAAUUUUCAUUAAAAUAAAUGAUGUCUAUAGAACGUAUAAAAAGAAAAUACUCAGAAGUAGGUGCAAUUCUAACUUGAAAAUGACUUGCCCCCUUUCCCUGACUAGAUUUAACACGUUUAUUUACAGAAUCAAUGCACUACAGGUUAAAAGCCUCAUGCAUGCAAGUUUAGUUUAUUCGGAAUACUUGGGCCUGGCACAAUAUACAUAUACUAAUUAGAAAUCAAGUUAAAUCUUCCCCCACUAGCUGUCGUGCCCAUUGACUUGAACUCUAAACUCUAUAAGUGUAUGAAUGACCGGACGUAAGUUAAAAUUCUAAAUUCUAUUCUUUUUAAAGUUAUAAAAUUUUCCAAGUCUACUCUGCAUAUUUUUUACAGAUGAUCCUCGAUUUCUAAGCGAAGGUCUUAAAGUCAUGGUGGUUAUAUGUCUGGUGAUCAUCGAUGUCGCUUUAUUAUGGUUCAGCAUCAAUUUUGAAGGAAAAAAUCGAAAAACAUCCACGACUGUUUACUUUCCAACUGAAACAGGAAACACUGCGUUCGUCCACUGUGGAUUUAUAAUUGAGUGAGAAUACAAUUUGUCAAUUUCUCGUGAUAUAGUUGAAACACAGAAGUCCACGUUCUGCACCUCAUAGGACAUACUGUAGCAUCCCGUAUACGAGCCUUCGCCCAGACAGAAGGGAAGAAAGGAAUAUCGUUUGCUUUAAAUUAAUGAAUUUCUCAAUUCCCUUCUCAAUACAGGUUGAGGCUAAAUAAUUUUCACGUUCCUGUAAAAGUUAUGAACCCAUCAUUAGAGGAACAUUAUAUAGCAGAUGUUUUCACACAAUUUACACCAUCACUUACUACUUAGCCAUAUCAGUGUUGUAUUUAUCUAGGCCUACUACACGUCUAUACACUCAGAUUUGGCUAAUUUUGAUAUAUAUUUUCACUCCUAAUUUUCUAGUUACUAUAAUACUAGUUUGAGUAUAUUGUCAAAAGCACGCGUUUGUGUUCGUGUUCCGCUAUAAGUUUAUAAUGGGGAUAAAUAGAGUACUUGGUUGUAAAGUAGUCGAUCGUAUACCUUGUCGUAUACAACUCUAAUUCAGUUCCUUUUUCGUUCUUUAGUUUUAUCACGGGUGAAAUAUUUACCGUAUUGGAAAUCAGCUUCUAUUGGGGACUUUUGCUCAUCUGCACUCAUCAGUCGUACUUAACCAGGAAAGUCACCGACAAUGCACAUGGUUUACGAUAUGUUUUCUUUGGAUCUCUUGCACUAUCAAUAAACAGCAUGACCAUGAUACUGGCUCAUUCUUUCACAGAUAACAACGGGAAUACAAAAGAGUUGGUAUACUCAUUCUACCAUUUGUUUUUUGCAACCGUUGCGUUGGCUUGUACCUUUAUCCCCAAAGUGGAAAUUCUAGUUUUUCAUCCUGAGAAAGACGUGUUAUUUGACGCCCUACGUGCAACAACCAUGACCAACUCAAACUCCAUGAUGAGUAUGAGCGAAAGAAUAAAAUCCUGCACCCAAACACCUAACCCGCCAGAUACUCCUGAGAGUCGAGCUCCUAGCUCCUGA